UAUAACAAUUUGCGGUACAUUGUCCGACCUUGACUGUAUCUGUCCGCACAAUAUCUGUUGGUAUACUGGAAUACGUCGGCUCGUCAAAAUGGCAGCUGACGACGACAGGCCAGAUCAAAUAAACACUAAUUUGCUACCAUCUGCACAGUUUAAUAAACUUGAACGCGUUGCUAAUACCUUUAGAGAGACCUUUGUGCUGCCAUUCAGGCAGACUCCUCGCCCAGUGUACUAUCACAGGAAGUUUGCCCGUGUGCCAACCAUAGACCAGUGUGACAUAAGCGAUGAAGUCUGCAAGUAUGAGGCAACUGAGCAGCAUGAGAGAGACAAGAAGGUGGACAUGUUCAAGAUCAAGAUAUUGCGCAAGCGGCUGACUCACUGUAACUGGUACUGGGGCGCAAACAAGUAUGAGAAGUGCCAGACUGAGCGGGAGCAGUAUCAGGACAGCGCAGUCAACUACCAUCUCAGAUAUGGAGAAUUGGGUCGCACCUCUGAGCUGUAUGAGUACUACAUGAAGCAGAAGCACCGUAUGAUCUGGCUAAGAAGAAGACAAGAGGCAGGGGAUGCAACUGCUGCAUACACAGAUUAACACAUGCUGUGGAUAGAUAACUCUGUAACCUUUACCCACUCAGAAGCAAAGCGAAAAUGUGCUAUAUGCAACCAGCAUAAAACCAGAACAGCCUGCAAGUAACUUGCAGUAUGUUCAGGUUUUAUGCUGUUUGCUGCUCAUCAUUAUCUUCAGUGGAAAUUAAGCCUGAAAAUGCGUAUCUGAGGGAUAAAGGGUUAGCUAAAACAUUAGGGAAAUCAUAAAGGGUUAGCUAAAACAUUAGGGAAAUCAUUUUCUAUCUUAUAAGAUUAUUCAGCCAGUAGAACUAGUGUGCAUUUUGAUGGCUCAAGUUAAGAAUUCUUUGAAAUGUUGUGAUGUGAUGUUACUUUGUAGUAAGUUAUUCCUUGCUGAAUAAAUGUGGAAAUAAA